AUGUCUUCAAGCUCAAUCAUUAGACUCCCACUAUGUGCCAUUCUCCUGCCAAACAGAGACCUCUCUUUCCAAUCAGUCCAAAACCACAGAAAACUGUUCGAAAAGAAGUAUCUCUCAGAGCCACCUGUUGAUGUUUCGUACAAUGAAGCUCUCGAAGUCAAUAGUACCAACGAUACAUUAUCAUUGAUACAUGAGGAAAACCAAACAACACAUACCAUUACUGAGGACAAUGAUGACAACACGAGUAAUAUCCUUGAAGAUGAUAUUGAUACUGCUUCUGAAGGAAUAUUCCUUGAUAAUGUCCAAUCUCCAACCACGACCACGACGGCUCCUCAACAAGCAAACUCUUGUUCUGAUGAAGAUAGUGUCAGCAGUCAACAUUCUAUUGCAAUCCCUAUUAGAUCACUUAGUCCAUCCAAUAUAUCCUCACCUUCGUCCCCAGUUUCCAUUUCACAACUUUCUUCUUCUCCAACAACUCCAAAUUCCUUCCUGUCGAGAAAGAAUUCUUCUAAUGGUGUGAAAUCUUCGAAUACUUCUAAUGAAGAACUGUUAUCUAAUUUGGAAGUGUUAAGAAAUAGAUAUUUAGAAUAUCUUGUCGAGAAUAAUGCAUUCAAGAUUCCCAACGUGUGUGGAAGGUAUGAAAUGAUGCUCACAUUCAUGGAUUAUGUAUUUGAUCCAAUUAAUAGGAAACCAUCUUUGAAAAUUAAGGAUUUUAACGAGUUGUUGCGAGUGAUGGAUGCAUUCUGUCAUUCUAGUUUGUGGUUGAUGGGAAAUGAAGAAGAAAUUGAAUGGAUUAAGAGCGAAGGAGAGUCAAAUAAGAUAACGUCAAGCACCAAGUCAUUGUCAAUAGAUACUGAUUUACCAUUUCUUGAAUAUUUUGUAACUAAGAUUAUACCAAUGAGAAAUCAAGGUAGAGCUUAUAGAUGGUUUCAUCAU